AUGCAGGCGAGCGACAGAUUUAAUAUUAACUCUCAGCUUGAGCAUUUGCAAGCUAAGUAUGUAGGGACUGGGCAUGCCGACUUAAAUAGAUUUGAGUGGGCGGUCAACAUUCAACGGGACAGUUAUGCUGCGUACGUUGGCCAUUAUCCCAUGCUUGCUUAUUUUGCUAUUGCGGAAAAUGAAUCAAUUGGACGAGAACGUUACAAUUUUAUGCAGGUUCUGUCCAUUUUAAGCUUUUCAUUAUGA